AUGGAACGCAAAGCCUCAUUAUCAUCAUCGAUGCGAGUCAAGAAAAGAGCCAGGCGACACUCAUCCUCGGACCACGAGGCGUCCCCACGCGAGCGAGAGCGUGAGCGCAAAGCCAACCGCGGACUUGUCCGACGCAGGAGUCUGUCGACCAAGAAAAAGAUUGUUCGUCGCGGCAGCGACGAUGACGAGAGUGGCGACGAUGAUGAUGAGAGUGGCAGCGACAGUGGUAGUGGCAGUGACAGCGAAAGUUCAAGUAGCAGCGACGGCGAGAUCAUCGAGAGCGACGACGACGAUAAUGACCGCGCCCCAAAGAAGAGCAACAAGAAGAGCACCAAGAACAAGAGGGACACAAAGAGCAAGAACAACAACAACAAGAGCAACAACAGUAAGAGUGGCAGCAGUGGCAGCAGCAGCGGCGGCAGCAGUCGUAGUGGAAGUGGCAGUAGCAGUAGUGGAAGUGACAGCGAGUCGGACGACGACUCGUCGGGCCUGGACAGCGACGAGCUGAACAACCUCACAUGUUCAAACUGCAAGACUGGCGCGGACGACGACAAGAUUCUACUUUGUGAUACGGAUGGCUGUGGAAGAGGAUAUCACACAUAUUGUCUGAGAUACAAGUUGGAGGAGAUACCCAAGGGCAAGUGGGUAUGUGAUCACUGUCGCUGGGGAGAUCUAUCCGACGUCAACAUCAACACCGAGGAGGACGAGGAUGAGGAUCUGGAUGUGAUGAUCAGACGCAAGCGAAUGUCCCAGACGCCGCCCAUCUCCUCCAUCACCAAGACUAUCGAACACACCACCUCGCCUCCUCAACAGACCCCUGGCUCUGGCUCUGGAGCUGGCAUGAGCGUUGAGAACUCCUCACCACCAACCUCCUCGAAGAAAUCCUCGCCACCAAUGACCAAGACAUCACCUGUUUUAGGAUCAUCAUCAAAGGACGUCAACAAGGACAAGGAGAAGGAGAAGAAGAAGCUAAGCAGCAGUGCGAGCAACACAUCAACAACAACAACUACAACAACGACGACGAGUUCGUUGGGCAACUCCACAUCAACUCUACCAAAGCAUCCUCCAUCGAUGGUUUUGAAGAAACCCUCCAUGUCCAAGUCAUUGAGCCACUCAAGCUCACACAACAGCAUCCCUGGCAGUGGUAACACCAGCAGUCCCAGCAGCCCCAUGAUCACUGGCACUAGUCCCAUGACCGCCAACCCUGUAAAUAACAACAACAACAAUGGCAGCAACAAUGGUAGCAAUGUCCAAUCCCAGCCACAGCCACAGUCACAGCAACUAUCACAAUCAUCACAUCCCCAGUCACCACCCGUGGUCGCACAGACACAGACACCGACUCAGCCUCUGCCACAGCCACAGCCACAGCCACAGACUCCGCAACAACAUCCAAAGAAGGCACCAAGCAUCGUCAAUGAGAAGCGAUUGUUGAAGAGUCCUGCAGCAUCAUCGUUGCCGACAAACUUUGGUGGAACUCAAUUGGUACGAGCUGGAUCAAAGGAGGAAAUAGACCCCUCAUUCUCAAUCCUGGACAUGGUGCCCAACAGCAAGUCGACAACCUCAAUCAACAACAGUAUGAAUAUAUCAUGGGACCUUGGCGGUGGCUACUCGUCUCCCGCUCUGUCAUCAUCCCAGCAGAGGUCUUCAGCUUCAGCAACAGCUCCACAUGCGCCAUUGGCCACACAAUCAAAGGCACAUCCUCCUCCACAGCAACAUCAACAACAACAUCAUCCUCCUCCAAAGCAACCAUCACCUCCCAGUGUCCAUCAUCACCAUCCACAUUCCCAGACACAGGUCCCGCAACUACCAGCCCCACAGCAACAGCAACAGCACCAGCACACCACGCCCACACUCCAGUCUGUCAAGACCUCACAAUCCUCAGUUCCAGUCGCGUCUGUGAAGCAUGAACACGCUCCCCUCAACACUAGCACCAACACAAGCAACAGCCAACAACCUGCGCCAACAUCGGUCAACCCUAACACCAGCAGCAGUGGAAGUGGCAGUGGAAGUGGACAGGAGGCCAAGGUAGCCAAGUCAGAGUUGACCAAUGAAGUGUUUUGGAAGGGCAGGAUCAGCUUUGAUGACAUGUUUGUCUCGACGAUGAACAUCAUCAAACUCAAUGAUGUCGAUAUCAAGUUGAACCUAUCGAGCUCAAGUCUCACGUUCCAGAGGUCACAACUUCAAUCAUUGCCACUUGAGGUCAAACAGAUCAUUUUGGCCACCAACCUGCAAUUGAAUCAAUUGCCCGUAUCAGUGUUGCUGCUCCAGCCAUUCUUCUCUUCUGUGUCACCACCCGCCGCCGCGUGCUCAGACCACACCAAUGGCACAUCACCAAGUCAUGGUCGCAAUGGAGUAUCCAAUCACAAUCACAAUCAUUCGUCAAACCAUUCCAUGAAGUCGAUUGGAGCAACAUCAACAUACUACAAUCUGCUACUAAGACUGAAGAGGAGCGAGACGGUUGGUCUGCUCCAGGUGUCUUCACAGAAGAAUCUGUACAUAUUCGCACACCAGAUCACCUACCAAGAGAGCAUGUCCUAUGGAUGGAUCUGCGACACUACCAUGCUCUUUGGCAUUGUCCACACCUCUACCGAUACACAACCCGUCGUUGGCAAGCCCUUGGUCUCAACGCCGACCUUCAAGUCAGCUGACACCAAACCCUCGCCUUCACCCUCCCCAUCACCAGCUUCCUCUUCAUCUCACAUCCCCAAUGCUCCAUUCACAAAUGGCAGCAACAACAGUAACAACAAUGUGAUCACCAUCAAGGACAAACAUAUAUGCUUCCUUGGCUAUGGAGACAAGUUAACAUCGCCUCAACUGGUCAAGUCUCUGCUUGAGGCCGGUGCACAAGUCUCCAACACACUGGAGGCUGACUCUAAUCUAUUUGUGAUCGAACCCAACUACUUGCCCGAUCUCUACCAAAAGCAUCCGCGACUGAUCGACUACCGUCGUGCCGAUGGCAUUCACUUUAUCAAAGGUCAAGAGUAUCUUGAACAUUUAGUUAGCAAGUCAUCCUCCACAUCAUCAUCAACAACAUCAACAACAAAGCCCAUCAACAACAACAACAACAACAUCAAUGGACUCCAAAAUGCCAUCUUAUAUCCACAGACAGGUUUGAUUAUUGUCGACAAUAAUAUGUUGAUCGAGAACGACCUGCUCCUGAAGCGACUGGUGCCACUACUAUCCAAUCUUAAGACCAUUGGAAAGCAAUGGACCAUCCAGGUAUUCAAAGGCGCACUGGAUGAACUAAAGUCAUUCUCUCAUCAAAGCUCCACAAUCCAGCAGAGAUUGGAUGAUAUCAUGUCCCAUAGCAACAACAGCAAACUGAUCAGUAUACGUGAGGAGUCGCCAAAGAGUGCACAGGAGAUAUUGUCCAAGUCAUUGUUUAUCUCCAAGCAGUUUGUCUACAAGCACGUCAUUCUGCUGACCAGCAACCGCAUCCUCAUUGAACAGUCGUCCAAGUUCCCAUCGUUACAUUGCUGUGAUCUAAAGGAUAUCAACCGAUACAUGUCCAGCCUCAAUAAUACGAAUAAAGUGUAG